AUGCACUUUUAUGUUCUUCCCAUUCCUAGCCCUGAGGGGAGCAGCUCAUGUUGCCUGAGGGCCCCAAGACAGUAGCAGGGGCGCCAGCCAUUGCGUUUGUAUUUCAACCAGUAGGAAGAAGCAUACCGCUUAAUCUUUUGUAUUUGAACAGUCUUAUUGUGCUGUCACUCACAUUCAUACCAUACAAUUCAACUGGACACGAACUAAUUUAGCAGGUUUUCGUGACAUCUGAAAAAGCUCCUGAGAAGUCCCUGCCUGUCCCUUGCCCUCGGCAGGCACAAGUCCACCCUCUGUGUCUGCCGUUUGUGGAGCUGCAGCCUGUGAUGUGAUGUGCGACCUCCUGGGACUGACUGCUGUGGUUGCAUAAUGUCUUCACCGCGCAGAGUCCAUGUAGCGUGCCCCUCUGUGUGACCAGAUGCGUGUUUGGGCUACAUGUAUGUUUUUGGCUGUUGCAAAUACUGUGUUAAAUAAUGCCACGGCUGAACAUCGCAGCUGCUCCUGAGAACGUUUUCAUUUCGCCGAGGUUCAGGGGGUAGGAGGUUGCUGACAGAGCCUGGCUAGCUUAUGCAACACCUGCACCAGCAGGGUCAGAGGCUUCCCGUUUCCCGCAGGCCCUCUCUUGUCACUGUCACACUUGGUGGGAAGUGCUAGCUGGCUGGCGUUGCUUUGGUUGUGCUAGCGUGAGUUUUACAGAAGGACCUGUUCAGACCGUUAGCCUGUUCCCCUCUAAGGUGUGUGGAGGGGACUGCGCCCGCUAGAGUCAUUUGCAGCACAGGUGUAAUUUUGAUGAGUCUGGCUUGUGUUUGUGUAAGAAACCCUCUUGUGAUGACUUGCUCCUAUUUUGAGUUUUACUGUUUUGGGCCUUUAUGUUCACAUGUGAGGUGCAGUUUCAGUUCAUUACUGUGUAUACUAAGGCACUUUUCCCCUUUAAGGAUUUUUCUGGGGUGUUGCAUUUCACUCUGGCCUCAGCUUAGAUUUCUGGUCUGAACAAGUGGAGCCCACCUUUGCCCAUGGGGAUUUAGCUGGAGGGUGGUGCAACCCAUUCCUCAGUGACCCGCCCAGCCCCCCGAAAAUUGUCCCAUUCUCCCCUAACACUCCUCAGCAAAUUUUGGCUUCCAACUGUUUCUCCAUGAAGAAAGAAACCUGUUGCCCACAGUUUCCGGGGUGUCAGCUGGGUGUAGGGGGCAGCUCGGAGCAGAGAUCCUGCUGACCCUUUGGGCCCCUGCAUGCCACGCCCACACAGCCCCGGACCCGCCCCUUGGCGCGUUAGCCUGGGGCCGCCGGCACUCAGAGCUGCUGUGUGAUGGCCGUGCCCCCUCACCCUGCCCCGGCCGCGACCUCAGAGGCGCUGCAGCAGCCACCAUCAGCGCCUCAGCCAGAGGCCCACGCCUUGGAGCCAAGCACGGACAGUGGAGCUAGUCGCCUCUCUCUCUGUACGAAGAUCUGCUAUGGCAUUGGUGGAGUUCCCAACCAGGUGGCCUCCAGUGCCACCGCCUUCUACCUGCAGCUCUUCCUGCUCGAUGUGGCUCAGAUUCCUGCUGUGCAGGUGUCGCUCCUCCUGUUUGGAGGGAAGGUGUCUGGGGCAGCUGCCGACCCGUUGGCUGGGUUCUUCAUCAACAGGAGCCGGAGGACAGGGUCUGGACGGCUGAUGCCCUGGGUGCUGGGCUGCACACCCUUCAUCGCCUUGGCCUACUUCUUCCUCUGGUUCCUACCUCCCUUCACCAGUCUGCGAGGCCUCUGGUACAUCACCUUCUACUGCGUCUUCCAGGCCCUGGCCACGUUCUUCCAGGUGCCCUACACAGCGCUCACCAUGUUCCUGACCCCCAGUCCCAGGGAACGGGACUCAGUUACUGCUUACCGGAUGACCAUGGAGAUGGUGGGGACGCUGAUGGGAGCCACUGUCCAUGGGCUCAUCGUGUCUGGCGCCCAUGGGCCCCACACAUGUGAGGACGUUGCACUCCCCAGUCAAGCCGCCAUCUCCCCCAAAGCUAUGCGUCUCUACUGCCUCGCAGCUGCCGUGGUAGCAGUAACUUACCCUGUGUGCAGCAGUCUGCUGUGGCUGGGGGUGAAGGAGCGUCCAGACUCCUCUGCUUCAGCCUCAGGCCCAGCCCUGGGCUUCCUGGCAGGGCUGAGUCAGACUGCCCGGUACCCGCCCUACCUGAAGCUCGUGCUCUCCUUCCUGUUCAUCUCAGCUGCUGUGCAGGUGGAACAGAGCUACCUGGUGCUGUUCUGCAUGCACGCCUCCCGGUUACAGCAGCACGUGCAGAGCCUCGUGCUGACCAUCCUGGUCUCUGCCGUGCUGAGCACCCCACUGUGGGAGUGGGUCCUCCAGCGCCUGGGCAAGAGGACCUCGGCUUUUGGGAUCUGCACAAUGGUGCCUUUUGUGAUCCUGCUGGCCAUGGUGCCCACAGCCCCUGUGGCAUAUGUCGUGGCCUUUGUGUCUGGCGUGAGCAUUGCUGUGUCCCUGCUGCUUCCAUGGUCCAUGCUGCCCGACGUGGUAGACGCCUUCCAGCAGCAGCAUGAACACAGCCAGGGCCUGGAGACCAUCUUCUAUUCAUCCUAUGUCUUCUUCACCAAGCUCGCAGGCGCGUGCGCCCUGGGCAUCUCCACUCUCAGUCUGGAGUUUUCUGGCUACCAGGCGGGAGCCUGCCAGCAGGCCGAGGAGGUGGUGGUGACCCUCAAGGUCCUCAUCGGAGCCGUGCCCACCUGCAUGCUCCUCACUGGCCUGGGCAUCCUCAUGGUCGGCCCCACCCCCAAGGCACCAAGUCAGGAUACCUCCCGCCAGCUGAGCCUUCAGAGGCGGACCAGCUACAGCCUUACCUGAAGCCCCAGUGCCAAGGAGCUGCAGUGGAGCCAGCGCCUUCUCACUCACCUCUCAAUUCACCAGGGCCUCUUCCCUGGGUGCCGCCUCCAGUGAGGCCUCCUGGUGUACCCCUGGCUCCUAGUCACCCCAGCUCUGCUCCCACAGCCAGCAGCAGCUGCUUCUGGGC